AUGCAAGGCGGCCAUAUUCUUUUAGGACGGCCUUGGCAAUUUGAUCGGGAAGUGAAACACGAUGGUCGAGCCAAUCAGUACUCUUUCAUACAUGACAAGCGAAAAAUUGUGCUCGCACCUCUAAGUCCAUCUCAAGUUCACGAGAUGCAACUCAAACUAGCCAAAGAACCUGAACCAAAGAAAGGGAACUUUUAUGUUAAAGCUAGUCAGGUGAUGCGUGCUGUUCGCCAAGAACAGCCGGUGUUGCUCUUGGUUUUCAAGGACCAAUUGAGCCUCCGUACGGAGACACCGACCCUUAGUCCCGCUAUUAGCCGGCUCCUGGAGCGCUAUAGCGAUGUAUUUCCGGAUGAAAUUCCGACGGGACUACCACCUAUACGCGGGAUCGAACAUCAGAUCGAUCUAGUGCCAGGAGCACCUUUGUCAAACCGACCCGCGUACCGGAUGAACCCCGAAGAGACUAAAGAGCUCGAAAAACAAGUCCAAGAGCUACUAAGUAAGGGUUAUAUCCGAGAGCUCGGUGUGUCCGCCGGUCAUCCUUGA